AGCUUGUUAACAACGCCAGACGACGUGCCACACACUAGGCCAGGAGACUCAGCCGAUCUCAAGCCGGUUCGAGUGCCUCCCGAACGUGGUCUGUUCACCAAAGCAACUCCAGACGGGACCCACCCCUUGCAAAUUACGACUUAUCUUAUCAUGCCAGCACUACACACACCGUCGACCUUUUGCUACGUAUGAGAGUACCGCUCAACCACUUGCUGCUGCAUCCGGCUUCUCCGCUGCCCUGCCACUAUACUGCCUCCUGCGUCUCUUGUGCUACACCGCUCCCACGGUACGCCGUAGUCGCUGAGCGGUACACCAUCUUGAAUCGCGCUGAGCACACAACCCAGACCACGCGAAACGAGCCAAACCAUCGCCCAAACACCAUGCCAUCAACCGCUCCACCCGCGCCAGCAAUCCCCAGCGUCUAUCGCUUCGUCUUUUGCUGGCUCGAGCCCGUCUCCAUCCUCACAGGCGCCAUCUAUGCACACUUCUUCCAGUCCACCUACCUGCACUUGACGCAUGCAGCCAGCUCACCGGGCGUCUCGCUUCCCAUCUCAACAUCCAUAGUCAUGUCACAGUUAGCGAAUUUGUACCUAGGACUUGCUUUUUUGGAAGCCUCGGUCUUGCGCGCCACUCCAGACAUCAAAGUCUGGAAGACCUUCUUGGUCGGCUUACUUGUCGCCGACCUAGGACAUUUGCUCACUGUCCUGCCCCUCGGAACCCACAUCUACUGGGCCUUUUGGCGGUGGAACGCCAUUGAUCUGGGGAACGUCCCGUUCGUUUAUUUCCUAGCCGUGACGCGCAUCUGCAUGCUCCUUGGCGUUGGCUUCCAGAAGGAAGGUGUGAGCUCAAGAUCGAAGAUGACAUGAAGGCGCAUUGACAAAUCCCGUCUACCAUGAUACAAAUGAAAUCUUACUACAUGCAUCUGUUUUUUCUGGUAAUCGACUGAAUUCGUUGUCAUGCUUCGUGGCAAGCCUUCCAGUCAUCGUCUCGAACAUCGCAAUCUCUAAUCUCCACAAGUACGCCCAUC